AUUCCUACUCAUACUGUAAAAUUAAAGCCAAAGGAAAAGAAAGACUUUGCUUGAGCACUUCUCUAUUUUCAUUCAUGGAAGCAACAAAAUUCUCAUCCUCCAGGCUUGUCCCGAGGCCAAUUUCUCUAGUGAAACCAUGCCCUCGAAGAAACACCAUUGUUGCCCUUCAUAGAGGAACUAAUGGACGAGACCGUGGGGGUAGGCUUGUAGAUGAAAGCAUGAUUGUACUGCGAUUACGAAUUAAGGAGAUGAAGAUGUUGGAGGCAUGCAACAACCCACCUUCUCACUGGAUGGAGUGGGAGAAACAAUAUUGCAUGCAUUGCAACUACAACAACGAUGUUUGUGAAGCAGUGGGGAUGUUGCAGAACUAUUUGAUGAAUGUUAGGCCAAGUCUGGCUCUAGGGAUGGUGGCACUUGUUUCAUUGAGUGUGCCCAUCUCUACUUGUGUGGUUUUGUUGCAGGCUGUAGAGAUAGCUAUGGGAGUUCUGUCCGCCUUACACUAGAUGAUAUAUAUACAAAUGGUAGGGUAGAGUUCUUUAGAUACCAAGAAUUCGUGAAUAUUAAUGACUUUGAUGAUCUUCUGCAAGCUUUGUGAUCAACUUGUACUAUCCGUUUUACUUUGAGCUCAUCAUCAAAUCCUUCCUGUCAUGUAUUCUGGUUAUUAUCAUUAUACCAAUUACUUCAAUUCAUCAAUAUAUAUUAUUUUUUGUUUUUGUUUUA